AUGUCACCCUCCAACAACAAAGCAGCCUCCCUCCUCCACAAACAACAAAAACCCUUCCAAAUCUCCCCCGCACCCCUCCCAGUCCCAACAUCCACCCAAAUCCUCAUCAAAGUCCACGCCUUAGCAAUCAAUCCCUGUGAUGCCGGGAUCCAAAACCUUGGCAUCAUUUGGGAGGAAUUCCCCGUCGUCAUCGGAUGCGAUGUCGCCGGUAUCAUUGUAGAGAUUGGUUCGGAUGUUGAUGAUGAUGAUGAGCAGAAGAAGAAAUUCAAAGUCGGCGAUCGAGUUCUCGCGUGUGUGGAAUUCGGAGCUUUUCAGGAGUUUUGUACAGCUGAUGUGCAGCUUAUCUCGAAGAUUCCUGAGAAUGUCGGGUUUGAGGAAGCGGCUGUUUUGCCGGUUGCGAUUGUUACUGCUGCUGUGAGUUUAUUUGAGAAGGAGAAUAUGGGGUUGGAGAUGCCGGUUUUGGAACCCAAGGUUAGGGGGGAGGUUGUUCUGGUUUGGGGAGCGAGUUCUUCGGUCGGGAGCUGUGCCGUACAAUUACUGCGAGCUGCAGGCUAUGAAGUCUUUGCUACGGCUGGGAAGGCCAAUUUGCAGUACUGUCAAGAUUUGGGUGCUAGUCGUGUUCUCGACUAUAAGAAUGCAGAUGUUGAAGGGAAUAUCGUCGAGGCUAUUGAGACUUCGGGGUUGAAUUUCGCGGGAGUCUUCAGCGCCAUUAUCGAUCUCGACGUCUUGAAAACUUGUGUCAAGAUUGCGGAUCGAUUUGGAUUGGACAAGGAGUCUCGUGUGGUGGGGACUGUUAUUCCUCCUGGAAUGCCCAUGUUUCCUCUCCCGGAGGUUCCCGAGGGGUUGCGCUUGACUUUUUGUAAGGGGCCAUCUGGUCUCUUGCCGAAUUCUGUUUUGAGGGGGAUUUUUGGGUGGGAGAAGCAGGUCAUGACAGAUGUUGGACCGAGGAUUUUUGGGGAUUGGAUGUUUGGUGCUUUGGAGAGUGGGUUGCUGAAAUGUAAGCCUGAUCCGUUUGUGGUUGGGAAGGGAUUGGAGAGUGUUCAAGAGGCGUGCGAUUUGAUGUCUCAGGGUGUCAGUGCGAGGAAGCUUGUUGUUGAGUUGUAG